UUGAAGAACCCCGCUCUCGAUCCUUAUCAUCGCGAUGUUUAUUUACGGGGACAACGAGCACCGCAUCGGCGCGUGGAACGCGGUGGACGUCCUUGUCGACGGCCGACUACAGCACGGCGACGUUAUCAACGUGGCGGACGGCGGCCUGAUCAUCGAUUUCGGGUGUAGCGCGCAGCGGGCACAGUUCGUCGAAUACGGCCGUGUUUUCUGCUGUGAUGGUGAUUUCAGCUACGGGGCCCACCGCCCGGGUGACACCGUGCUGGUGCUGUUGCGCCAGCAUCCCGACGCACCCUGGACAUGGUAUCCCGGGACGAUCGCGUCCCUGGGAGAGUACGACCCAAUUUGGGCGCCGUUGGUGGAGGUGCGAUUGCCCGACGGCCGCAUCAUCAGGGAACUCGUCCCAGUGUUUCAGAUACGCGAACAGCCCACGGAUGAACGCUUGACGGAUUUGCGUGUGGAGCCGGAGGAUUUUGUCGUCCGUUCCUGUCCGUUGCCAGCGGUUUAUUGGGCGGAAGGGUCCCAGGCGGUCCGCCAGAUCUUCCAGUGCCGAGUGAGCGGCCGACGCAACCGGGUGCUGUGCAUCUCUGUCUUCAACCAGACCCUGGUCUAUUUGCAGUACACGGGUGCUGCUCCGCUGACCACCAAGCAACUGGAAAAAGUUUAUAAAGGAGCGAUGAAGGAGACGCCGGAUAGCUGCUCCCCAGCUACACUGCAAUGGAUACGCCGCCACCUAGGGAGUGGUGCCCUAAAUGACGCAGGCUGGAUUUCUUUACACGACGACGCAGCCGUUAGUGGACGGGAAGUAGCGUUUCCCAUUGAAAUGUGGCUGGAGAUCUUCCAGACGCUGGACACCAUCGGGCGCGUCCGCUGUCGCCGUGUGUGUCAGCUGUGGAACAACAUUCUAACUAACGGGUUCUACGCCACCGAUCUGCGGGUCUCCGGAAACUCAACGGUAUACGGAGCCGAUUGUUUCCCGCAACAUAUGUACUGGGUGGUGAACUGUCUGCUGAAAUGCCUCAGACCUCGCACCGAGAAAGCGCGAAUCGAUGGUCUGGAUUUGGACGAUUGCGAGGACCUCAUCAAACUAAUAAAGCAGAUCCGCAGGGGCAACCGCAUCCCGGUGCUGGAGCUGGACCAGUGCCGUUUCGGCGAUGACCGGGCGUUCGUCGGCAAGCUGGUCGAGCGCAUGGCGCGCUUGGCGGUGGCCUAUUCGGGAUUAGGCGAGAGCGUGGUGUGGAAGGACUUUACGCUGCAAGAUCACAGCUUUUCAGCUGCGGUUAAGGAGUAUGCGUUCAAGGACGCGUCCUUCGAAGGUGUGCAGUUGCAGUUGUGGGAGGUUUUCGAGAGCAAUCUGGUGCUGGAGAGGCCGCUGGAUGGGCAAGGGAUCGCGGGAUGGAUCGCUGACUGCAUUGCGCAGCAGCGUCAGGAGACGUUGCAACAGAUUGUGAGGGCGCUCAACUGGUACCAGAGCCCGGAUCCGCGCGCGUCCACACACUACCGCCAGCAGGAGUGGACGCUGUCCACUCUCGGCGAAGUGGAUGUCAACCGGCUGACCACGCUGACGGUGGCCGCUCUGCAGGAAGUCAAGGAGCCUUUGGUUACUGCCCAGUCCGGCUUUGUUGAACUGGUAGCGCGCCUGUCGCAGUCUUAGGUUAAUUUUUAGCCUCCUUGUUAAUUCGUGAAACACCGGCCGAGCAUAAACAGUAGUUACUCGUAUUCUUGAUUUAUUUCCAGCCGGUAAGUUCUCCAACUUGUGCGAUCAACAUACGAUUGCUCCUGUUUUACCUUCUUUGCGACGGCAUUUUUACAUUACUGGACUGAUAGGUGUGCUGUUAAUAUUUCUUACUGCAAGUGCUCACUGUGAAAGUAUUUUUCUUGUGAAGCAAGGGGCGAAUAUGUAGCUACGGUUUUGU